AUGGAACUCGAGAUCGAUCUAAUUUCACCUUUACGUAACCAGGCCGAUAGCUUCGAGUGUCAAAUACAGACGGAUCUGCAACCAGUGAAUAUACAGUGGCUGCACAAUGGACAAGAACUGCGAGAAUCGACCAAGUACGAGACAACCUUCGUCGAGGAACUGGGCACCGCUCGCCUGACAGUUAAGGAGGUCGGUCCGUCUGAUGCCGGAGAGUACGCCUGCGUUGUAACUCGGGACAUUAUAGAGGUGUUAGGUCGCCAACCGGAGAAGCAAACCAUCAUCAGUCAAACAAUUGUAACACUUACAGAUGAAACAGUGGAGACUGAAGUUGAAGAAACUGUGGACACGGAGGAGCAUAUCCCAGCCGAGAAGGAAAGUGGUCUGUCAUCACCCGUCUUCGAGGUGGAGCUUGCUCCGGUUCAAGUCACGGAAGGCGAAGAAAUAUACCUUUCGGCAGUUGUAAAGGGCGUCCCACAGCCUACAGAAGUCACCUGGAAGCAUAAUGGCGUUGUCCUUCACCAGGACAGCACGGACUCCCUACUCUACUAUCUCCCGGAAUCUGGACUCUGUGAACUCACCAUCUCUGAGGCCUUCCCCGAGGAUGCCGGUGUCUACGAAGUUGAGGCACAGAACCCCUACGGUAUGGCAGUGUCGCAAACUGAAGUACUGGUCAACGACGCGGAUUCAGCGGCUGGGACGUCGGUAGAAAUGGCUUCGCCAAUGGAGGACGUAAUGCAGACAACAAGGGAGCCAGAAGUUGUCGUACAGCCGACUGAAGAGUCGAUACCCAUAGAAGUUCUCCAGGACACACGGGUGGAGACACCUUCCGUGAGUAUGCCCUCAGACACAGAGGCUCAGCCCUCUGUACAGACAACCGAGGUCCAAGAACCCCGAGAGGCCCUGCCU